AUGUCGUCUCCUGGCCUCCGCGUUUUGCUGUUACUGCUUUUUCUCAUUGUCGCCGCUGCCGACGAUGCCAAACGCGAUGACCAGAGGGCUCCCAAGUCCCAAUCCUGCAAUAACCCCUUCCAAUUGGUGAAGGUGGAGAACUGGAUUGAUGGUGAGGAAGGCCGUGUUUAUAAUGGCGUCACUGCCAGAUUUGGCUCCCUAUUGCCUGAGAAGCCUGAAAACAGUGUCAGAACUCCUGCUGUUUUCUCUAAUCCUGUAGACUGUUGUUCCAGUUCAACUUCGAAGUUGUCCGGAUCACUUGCUCUCUGUAUGCGUGGCGGUUGUGAUUUCACAGUCAAAGCUGAAUUUGCACAGUCUGGAGGUGCUACUGGCUUGUUGGUAAUAAAUGACGCAGAAGAUCUCUUUGAGAUGGUUUGCUCCAAUAGCAGUGAGGCAAACAUUUCAAUUCCAGUUGUGAUGAUAACAAAGUCAGCAGGAGAAGGUCUAAACAAAUCUUUUACAUCUGGAAGGAAAGUGGAAAUUUUGUUAUAUGCUCCACCUCGGCCACUUGUUGACUACUCAGUUGCAUUUUUGUGGUUGAUGUCUGUUGGAACAAUUGUAUGUGCUUCACUAUGGUCUGAUCUAACUACUCCAGAAAAGUCUGAUGAACGCUAUGACAAAUUGUGUCCCAAGGAAUCUUCAAAUGCUGAAACAGGGAGAGAUGAUUUUGACAAGGAAAUUGUUAAUAUUGAUUCAAAGGGUGCCAUCAUAUUUGUCAUAGCAGCAUCUACCUUUCUUGUGCUAUUGUUCUUCUUCAUGUCAUCUUGGUUUGUCUGGGUGCUGAUAGUUCUUUUCUGCAUCGGUGGUAUUGAGGUAAUGUAG